GUCCAAACUGUCAUCUGGACACACGCCUAUGUCACAGCAAUGCUAACUGUAUGGCUGAUGGCAAUCACCAGCGCUAUUCCCGCUUCUGAACCCACAACAACGCCAAAAGGCAGUAUUGUGGAAACAGACGAGAAAGAGGUUGUUGAACUGAUUAGUGGCGAUACGCGAGGUGUCGCGACAACGACGCAAGAACCCAAAUUGGCGACUCUGCGACAUGGUAAGGAUGGCACUGGCACGGAGUUCACCACUGAAUUUCAGAGCUCUACCCGUGAGCCGACGUCAACCACACCUCUGCACCGCAUUGAAUCCACCUAUUCCACCACUGAAUCAUCCAUCACCACUGAAAGUACACCAAUUCACGAAUUUAGCACUACACAUACAGAUACAUCAGGUAUUUAUCGUGUGCCGAUAACCACGAGUGCGAUAACCAUAACUGAUAACACGAGUGAUACUAGCAAACAACCAACAUUGUCUGUCGGUACUAAUCAACCUCAGGAUACAAGCUCUACUUAUACAACUACGGAAAAAUCUCGAAAUACUCCAUAUUUCAUUGAAGUCACUAAUUCUCUCGUUGUUCUUCAACCAGGAACAAUUCAUUCGAACGAGAGCAUAAACCUUACUGAAGUCUCUGCUGUGCAAAGAGUUACUUCUGAAACCGUUGGAGUGGUAACUUCUGAGGUGUUUCAUAGAGGUGCAACUUCUACUCCUACCCUUUCGUCUAGGAUCACUGAUUCGAUCUCAGAAGUUACAAAACCUUUGAUGGCAACAGGUUCAGGCUUUGUAACUCGGAUUUUAAACAGAAUCGUGGCGAACGAAACCCAACCCACGUCCUUGAGAAGCCCUAUUGUUACCUCUAAGCCGAUAAUCCUAUCUAGCACUUCUGUUUCUCCGAACCUUGUCACAGGAACGACUAGCAGCUUUGAGAUUACGAUAGAUGAUUUCCACAGUAGCAUGGAAUCCUCUGGUACUACCCCUGAUGAAGAGAGCAGUAAAGCAUCUACUUCUUCAACUACCCUUUCUAUUGGAGAAACCCUUACUUCUGAGGAUGGCACUAAAGUAAUCCUGACUACUAAAGCUGACCUUAGCACAGGCAGAGUUACCCCAAAAGGUGAUGGCACUAAAGUAACCCUGACUACUAAAGCUGACCUUAGCACAGGCAGAGUUACCCCAAAAGGUGUUAGUGAAACCUCUACAGUAUCCAGCGUAGUCCCAGUUGGCAGCAAUGUAAUAACAGAAUCCUCAAUGACUUCAAAAGCAUAUGAAGGCUCUUCUACUGCAUCUCCCGCGAGUGCUAGUGACAACACAAUCAACAAAGGAUCUUGCUCGACAGUCGAGUACCGUGGCAUCGGGUACAUCCACUCAGAAAACUUCUAG